AUUCGUCUAGCACGAUUAGAGAGAAGGAGAGAGAGUUCACUUAUUGCAUUUCAUAAUUCAUAUAAGUGCACCGCAUGGCAUCACUUACUACGGAUCAUUAUUAGUUAUCCAUAAUGUAACCUGUUUUCCAUAAUUAAUCAAAUUAUUUCUCGCAACGAUUUGUCCGUGCAAGGUUGUUUCUUGCGAACAUUUGGAAAGGAUCCUAUUUAAGGACCAUAUGCCUCUCCUCUUUGCAAGCACACCUUCUCUAUUGCGUUGCUACCAUGGAAAUUUUACACUCAAUCUUCUACUUGCUUAUUUCUUUUUCCUUCUUCCUAUCCAAUCCAACUCUUCUCUUGGUUCACUGCCAAAUAAAGCCCAUUUCAAAUGACACCCAAAUGCAGGUCUAUAUUGUUCAUGUACAAAAGCCUGACAGCACGAGCUUCCGUCGGUUCAAGGAUCGGAAAGAGUGGUACGCGUCCUUCUUGCCCAACACCACCCUCGACUCCGGCAAGCCGCGCAUGGUCUACGCGUACCGCCAAGCGAUCAGCGGCUUCGCAGCGUGGCUCACCUCUCAAGAAGUAGAAGCCAUGAAAUCUACGGAUGGCGUUCUCGUAGCCUACCCCGACAGCGAGUAUGAUGCUCAAACCACCUACACCCCGGAGUUCCUAGGACUAAACGCAUGGGAGGACGGCGUUUGGUACGACUCUCAAUACGGGGCGGGGCAAAUCAUCGGGGUUAUCGACACCGGAUUUAAGCCCGGUCAUCCUUCCUUCAGGGAUACUGAUGUAAAUCCGCCGCCAGAGACGUGGAACGGAAGCUGCUACUGGAAACAUUCCGUGUGCAACAACAAGCUCAUCGGUGCAGUGGGAUACAAGCAUGGGCGCACCGUCUCACCUGAAGACAAGAACGGUCAUGGAACCCACACAGCGAGCACAGCUGCGGGGAAUUUCGUGGAUGAUGCUCACGUACUCGGCAUGGCACGCGGCACGGCGUCAGGGACGGCACCUAAAGCUCAUCUAGCAAUCUAUAAGGUGCUACACAUCACCAAAACUGCGAGUACUGGUACGGUUGUCAAAGCGCUUGUUAGUGACACAUUGAGGGGCAUCGACGAAGCGAUCCGGAAUCACGUAAAUGUGCUAUCCAUGUCCCUCGGGUUGGAGAAGCAACGGCUGCAUGCGGACUCUAUUGCCAUAGGAUCAUACGCAGCAAUCACCAAAGGGAUCGUCCCGGUGGCCGCUGCCGCAAAUGCAGGCCCCUUCGCGAGUGUCAUAGCGAAUGAUGCGCCGUGGAUACUUACCGUCGGAGCAAGCACUACAGACAGGAGGAUAAGGGCCAUUGUCAAGCUCGGAAACGGUAUGGAGCUCUUCGGCGAAACAGCAUACCAGCCGGAGGGAUUCAACUCGACUCAGCUACCGUUGGUUUAUCCAGGGGUGCGAAAGACGCAAAAGACCUUGAAUUGCUUGAACGGCUCCAUGGACACUUUCGAUGUUAAAGGGAAAAUCGUGUUGUGCGGGGUUGGACAUAUUACAAACAUCGAAAAGGGUGAGAUCGUUAAGGCGGCAGGCGGUGCGGCGAUGAUACUAAUGAACCAGCCGUGGAAUGGGAACACGACGUUCUCCGAACCCCACGUCAUCCCGACGGCCCAUGUGAGCUUCAGCGAUGCGUGGAAGAUCAUCACGUACUUCAACUCCACGCCUAACGGAACAGCAGCAAUCACCUUCAACGGCACACAAUACGGCGUUCAACCAUCACCCUCGGUGGCUUACUUCUCGUCUCGCGGCCCUAGCCUCAUGAACGGCAACAUCAUCAAGCCGGACGUCAUCGCACCGGGCGUCAACAUUCUAGCCGCUUGGCCGUUCGAGGUAGGACCUAAACCCAACCACACCCUUCCGCCCACAACUCACACAUUCAACUUCGAAUCGGGAACGUCGAUGGCGACCCCUCACGUGGCCGGCAUUGUGGCAAUGUUAAAGAAUAACCAUCCUGAUUGGUCUCCCGCCGCCAUUAAGUCGGCAAUAAUGACUACAGCUUACACAGUCGACGUCAAUGGGAAGCCUAUCGGCGACGAUUCCAAGCCCACGGGGACCCCAGCUAGUGCAUACGCCAUGGGCUCGGGCCACGUCGACCCGACGGCGGCCAACGAUCCAGGCCUAGUCUAUGACCUUCACCAUCAAGAUUAUAUCCAUUACCUCUGCGGCAUGGGCUUCACCGACAAACAAGUCGAAGCCAUCGGCCGCGGUAAGGUGCAGUGUUCUAAGGUCCGCGCGAUCAGCCCGGAACAGCUGAACUAUCCUUCUAUUGCCGUGUACCUAAGUGCUAAUACGACCGAGGUGACGGUCAACCGAACGGUGACGAAUGUCGGGGACGCCGUCACGACCUAUGAGGUGAAGUACGACGAACCGGAAGGAGUGAGAGUCGAAGUUAUGCCUGAUAUGCUGGAAUUCUCGCGUGCCGGGCAGAUGAAGGAUUUUCGAGUCAAGUUGAGCAUCAAGCCGGGGAGCCCAACAGUUAGGAUGGCAGGGGAAGUUGUCGAGGGGCAAAUGGCGUGGUCCUCCGGAAAGUACUACGUAAGGAGUCCUAUUGUCGUCACAAUGCAGUGAAACACGAUAAUAGUUUCGAGUCCCACGUGCAAAACAACAUAUAUAUUAGUUCUUUCCCAGGCAUGACCAAAAAAAAAAAAAAGGAAGAUAAUAAAUAAAACAAAAUAAAUAAAAACAUGUUGUCUACCGAGAAGCUCUACAGUGUGGAAACUAAGAUUCUUUAUCUUCUCCCUGUUUGUUUUUACCCUUUUUUUUUUUUUUAUGGCAAUGUGGUGAAAACAAAUCCGCCUAUUUAGGCUGCUCUUGUUUUUAAACUUUCGAAUAUUUGAAAUUGAGUGAAUUUUCUGAAAUAAA